AUGGCGACUUGCUGUGCAGGUGGACAGAGUCUUUAUAGCAAAUAUGGCGAACGAGCGCCCGACAUUCAGCUUCCAGACCGACAGUGGCCAUCGAAAAAACUGACCAAGUCUCCAAUCUGGAUGUCUACAGAUCUCAGAGAUGGAAAUCAAGCGCUUCCAAAUCCGAUGACAUUGCAGCAGAAAUGGCGAAUGUUCCAACUUCUGGUAUCAAUAGGAUUCAAACAAAUCGAAGUUUCCUUUCCUUGCGCGUCACAAACCGAAUUCGACUUCACUCGCCAGCUCAUAGAAACACCAGGCGCGGUGCCAGACGAUGUGAUACUUGAGGUCCUUUCACCAUGUCGAGAAGAAGCUAUUGCGACUACAGUGCGAAGUCUAGCGGGCGCCAAACGAGCAAUCCUGUUCCUCUAUUUGGCCACCAGCGAUAAUUACCGCGAGACUGUACUUCAACUAAGCGAAGCAGAAUGGUUGGAACAGGCAAGAAGAUGCGUGGAAUAUGCUCGUUCAAUCACGAAAGAUGACCCCGACAACCGCACACUGUGGUCUUUUGGUUUCGGGUUUGAGGAUUUUGCCAAUGCCCGUCCAGAAGCAGCACUACGCCUGGGAGAGAUAAUCAAGACCGCCUGGGGGCCAUCAAACGACAAUCCUGUGAUAUUGGGUCUCGCUACAAGUGUAGAAGCAGCGACACCAAACGUCUUUGCAGAUCAAGUCGAGUACUUCUCGCGGAACAUUACCGAGCGAGAGAAAGUGUGUAUCUCUAUCCAUACUCAUAAUGAUCGUGGUGGAGCUAUCGCUUCUGCAGAGCUGGCUUGUUUGGCCGGUGGCGACCGUGUUGAAGGGUGUCUUUUUGGUAAUGGAGAGCGUGCUGGCAAUCUUGAUCUCGUCACCUGCGCUAUGAAUAUGUUCACUCUAGGCAUUGAGACCGGCCUUGACUUUUCUGACUUACUCGAGAUCCGUCGGGUCUACGAGGAGGUCACAAAUCUUCCUGUUCAUCCACGCCAGCCGUAUGCCGGGGACUUCUACUUCAGAGCUUUCGCUGGGGCCCAUCAAGAUGCGAUUCGAAAAGGCCUAGCAAGACGUGGUCGCUUAGCAGCGAUGCCAUCUCAGACCACAGAAGGCAUGAUCAGCAACAGGACAUCAAAAUGGCUAAAAGCCAGUGGUACCUGGCGAGUGCCUUACUUACCUCUGGACCCAGCAGACCUGGGAAUUUCCUUUGACUGCGUCAUUGGAGUGAACAACCAAAGUGGCAAGGGUGGCGUAGCUUGGCUGAUCCAGCAAGGAUUAGGCUUCAACAUACCCAACGAAUUAGCUGCUCAUUACAGUCGAAUGGUUAAGAGCAAAUCAGGCUCGCUUGAACGUGGCUUGGCAACAGAAGAGAUCUGCGAUUUGUUCCUGGAAGUCUACGAUCUGAAAAGCUCAUACAGUACUCAAAUGCUCGAACGUCUUCACAGCAACUUCAGCCAGAUUCCUGGUUUGCAACAAGAGCUCGAAGAUGCUACAGCACUUGCCAACAACGCAGCCAUGGUUCUGUCCGAGACAUUGGGCAUUGACGUCCGUUGCACCGUGGCAUUAUCACAUGUCAUACCAUCUCAUGAUGGAGGACAACCCUGGAAUGUAGCUUUUGUGCAGUGUGAGAUUGGGAAGACUGCCCACGGUCUAUGGGGCGUCGGUGUCGGCCUCAAUAGAGACGCAGCCGUGAAUGGGUCUCUCGUCUCAGCGGCGCGAUCAUAUUCCAACAUGGAUGAGGCCACGACUAGGUAUAUAGAGACUAGGGACACUAAAACAAGUGUUAAAGCUAUGGUGCAACCGCUUUUACUUUAG